AUGACAAAAGUAGACCCCAGCCAGAAUUGGCGGCUGUCCAGUCAGAGCACUAGGAAGGGGCCGCAGAAAGGCGGAAGUCUUCGAAAAAACCUGGCUCGCUGGAUAUUCGACAAUCAGAUCGGAAUCUCAUUCGGCCUUAUCGCCGUCCUCUUCGUCACGCAUAUCUGUUUGGCCAGAGCCCGACCUUAUACAUCUAGGUUUUUCAAUCUGUCAUACUACAACUCAUACACCGGGAAAUACGCUGCCGGUCAUGAUGACUUGUUCUUUAUAAGCUUUUGUAUUGUGCUCUUCGCUGGCAUCCGUGCAGCUUUCAUGAAAUAUGUCCUGGUCCCGCUUGCAAGAGUGUUCGGAACAGCUACGAGAAAGAACGUGACUAAAUUCUCGGAACAAGGAUGGAUCUUCACAUACUACACCAUCUUCUGUCCCCUGGGCAUGUAUAUAUACUACAAGUCGCCAUAUUUUCUCAAUAUGGAGGAGUUGUGGACCAAUUGGCCCCAGAGAGAACUCAAUGGUCUCAUGAAGGUGUAUAUACUUGCAGAAGGCGCGUACUACGUGAAAGAAAUCAUCGUUCUACAUAUACAGGGCCGCCGAAAGGAUUACUGGGAGAUGAUGGGCCACCACGUGGUCACAGUUGGGCUCAUCUACGUGUCAUACGCCUACCACCAAACUCGGGUCGGCCACCUGAUUUUGAUGCUGAUGGACUUCGUUGAUUUGGUACUUCCACUUGCUAAAUGCCUCAAAUAUCUUGGCUUCACCACCCUCUGCGAUAUCGUGUUUGGGGUAUUUGUGGUCUCAUGGCUCUUCACUCGCCAUGUGUUCUACUUAUUGACCUGUUGGAGCGUCUAUUCUGAUUUGCCUCGACUGAUAAUUCCAGCCUGCUACAAGGGUACGGCGGACCAACUUGAAGGCCCACUUCCUCUACUCACUGGCUGGUCUCACCUGCUUGAACCUUUCGGUGAUCUUGCGGGCACCGUCUGCUUUAACAACAACAUGAUGUUCGGCUUCCUAUGUUUUCUUCUCUUCAUCCAAGUCUUGCAGAUCAUGUGGUCUGUUUCCAUCAUCCGAAUUGUUAUACGAGUCCUUCAAGGUAACAACGCCGAGGAUGUCAGGAGUGACAUGGAGGAUGAGGAGGAGGAGGAGCAACAACAAGAAGAACAUAUAUCUAAGUUGCUAGGAAAAGAAGAAGUUGGCGUCGAGAAUAUUGUCUUGACAGGGCGAGAUCGCCGCAGCAGCAUAAAAGGGACCGCAACUGGAGUUAGCUUUCGUGGGCAAAAUACCCGAAAGCAAUUUCUGAACAGGAUGCGGAUGUGA